UCCGCCUCACCACACCUGGUCCUGCUCCUCUGCCCCGCCCCCUAAACAGCUGUCUGAUCAUAUAGCUCAGCUCCACGACCCAGGGCUCCAAUUGGUCAUCAAGGAGGAGGAGGAGUAUGUCAGUGAGGCGAGUCUGCCGGCUGCACUCCAGGAGUUUACGGCCACCUACAGAGAUGCAGAGACUAUUACUGAUGUGUGUAACAGUACUGAUUUGCCGGAGCUUGAGAUUAUCAGCCUUUUGGAGGAGCAGCUGCCAGUCUACAAGCUGAGGGCCGACACCAUCUUCGGCUACGACCAAGAUGAUUGGCUGCACACGCCACUGGUGGAGCCUGACUCUGCCCUCGACCUGACUACUGAGCAGAUAGAGGAGACCCUCAAAUACUUCUUGCUGUGUGCGGACAGAGUGGGCCAGAUGACAAAGACCUACAGCGACAUUGACGCUGUCACCCGACUGCUUGAAGAGAAAGAGCGUGACUUGGAAUUAGCAGCCCGCAUUGGACAGUCACUGCUGAAGAAGAACAAAACACUGAGCGAGAGGAACGAACUGCUGGAGGAGCAAGUAGAGCACAUACGAGAGGAGGUAUCUCAGCUGCGUCAUGACCUGUCCAUGAAAGAUGAGCUGUUACAGUUCUAUACCAGUGCUGCCGAGGAGAGUGAGGGGGAGUCUACCACCUCCACACCUGUGCGUACCAGUGAAAUCAAUGUAUCAACUCCAACAUUUUUCCCCUUGGACUCCUUGCAGAAGAAACUCAAAGAUCUUGAGGAAGAAAACAAAUCGCUGCGAUCUGAGGCCAGUCAUUUGGAGACGGAAACUAUUUCCUAUGAGGAGAAAGAGCAGCAGUUGGUCAAUGACUGUGUCAAAGAACUACGUGAUGCCAACCUACAGAUGUCCUCUCUGGCUGAAGAGCUGGCGAGGAAGACUGAAGAUGCCUCAAGACAGCAGGAGGAGAUCACACACCUCCUCUCCCAGAUAGUAGACCUCCAGAAAAAGGCCAAGCUGUAUGCUGUGGAGAAUGAAGAGCUGACUCAGCACUUGGGAGCAGCCAAAGACGCCCAGCGACAACUCACUGCUGAGUUGCGGGAGCUACAAGAUAAGUAUGCAGAGUGCAUGGAGAUGCUCCAUGAGGCUCAAGAAGAACUGAAGAACCUCAGAAAUAAAAAUCUACCGCUUAACACACAGAGGCGUUUCCAUUCCCUGGGAUUGUUCCCAAUGGACUCGUUAGCAGCAGAAAUAGAGGGCACCAUGAGGAAGGAACUUCAGAUGGAUGAUCCAGAUGUAGAGGAACAAAGACUGCAACCAAAGCGAGUGUUCCAGACAGUGAAAAACCUAAAUCUGAUGCGUCAGCAGCGUUCAUCGCUGGCCCCCUCCCCUCUCAACAUCCCAGGCUCCAAUCAGACAUCAUGCUUCACCUCAGGGCGCUCCAGCAGGGUGGGCACGCCACGCUCCAACUCCAUGUAUGGCAGCGAGACAGGAAGUGGGAUUAUCCUAGACAACAGGACUAGCAGUAUCCUGGAGACUCCAGACGAUGGGUCUGAAGACUCUAACAAGCGUCCCCCUGGCACCCCAGGGACCCCAGGCAGCAGGGACCUGGAGGCAGCCCUGCGGCGCCUGUCUCUCCGCCGCGAUAACUACCUCUCAGAAAAACGCUUCUUUGAGGCGGAGAGGGAGAGAAAGCUGGCUUACCUGGCCAAAGAGGAUGAAAAAGAAGGCGAAGAAGGUAGUGGAGGCAUAGGGACGCCAACGGAGAGCCUGCUGUCACUGUGCUCACAUCCCUCCCUUGGAAGUGUCUGGUCAGGAUACUCGUUUACACCGAGAUCCUACUUGCCGGAGAAGCUGCAGAUUGUAAAGCCGCUAGAAGGCUCUGCCACGCUCCAUGCAUGGCAACAGCUGGCUCAACCCCAUAUGGGUGCUCUGCUGGAUCAUCGGCCCGGUGUGGUCACGAAGGGCUUCCGCACUUUAGCACACGAGCAUGAACAGGACGACAGCUGGCAACUGGACCAACCAGAGGAGGACGAAGUCUCAUGUGACUCAUUUGCCUGCUCGUCACUAGAGAGCUUGGCUCUCUUGGAUCUUCCGCGCUCUACCUCUUCUCCCUCCGUCUGCCGCAACAAAAAUGGCAACGCUGACGACAAUAGCCCAUCAGAAACACUGCACGGGGAAACAUGCGGGAUUGGAGAGCCAAUUCAAGGAAAAGACGGACAUGCUGCAAACGUGCCCCUUCCCUCCUCAAGCCCACCCCUCUCUUCUUCUCUCCCAUCUUCUGAGAUGAACGGGCACGUGGACCUCAAGGAGCUCCAGGCCUUACAGGCCAGCGCACUGGACCGCAUGCCUGUUAAUUUCCCAGGGAAGUGUAUGUCACACACUAGCUCGACAUACACCUUCACCACCUGCAGGAUUAUGCACCCUUCGGAUCAGCUGACCUCUGUGUCCCCAAGCCUGGCAUCGGCUUCUUGUCAGAGCAGCACUUGCAUCAGCACUACUACCCCCACUUCUUCUCCUAUACCCUUCUCCAACCCGCAUACGCCUUCCUACACCCCAUGCUGCACCCCGCGCCGCCUCUCCCUCUCUCUCUCCUUGGCUGAGUCCUUCACCAAUCUUAGAGACUCCACCAAGACCACCAGCACCUCUCUAGGACUCGUGCGUCUGCUGCUGGAGCAUGGGAUCUCGGCGUCAGUGUACAACCCACGCAGCUGGGACCGAGGGUUGGACACCAGCGGUGCUUCCACCCCUGUAGCAGGUGUGCAGACACAGAGGCGCAUCGACAGACCAGGGGAGACCUUAGAAAAACGGCUAAAGAAACGCCCGGACACCCUCACCCUCCAGCCCUCCACUCUGCCCGACUCCCCUCAUUUCCGCUCCAAAUCUGCCUCUUCUACCACCGCCUGCCCAGUUUUUCAAUUCAGCCCCUCCAGUGACGACCCACCAUACUACGACACUUUCCUCGCCUCCAAGCCGGCACGUACCAUCCUAAGGGAAGUGCUGGGGGAGGCAGAGAGGGAGCGAGGGUGCCAGACAGAUGAUGAGAGCCAAACAGAGAUGAUGAACCUUAGACUUGUGGACAAACUGAAACGUUUCCGCACCCUCUCGCCUCAUGCUGCUUCUGUUGCAUCUGGGAGUACUCUAUUAGCCCCCUUCGGCUCCACCGGAUUGGGGAACAGUACACUGGGUGGGGGCCUUCCAGGUUUGAACGCAGGACUGAGGAGGAAUCGAAGCUAUCCCGCCAUGGUAGGCGCUAGUAUGGCUAUGAAAGACCCAGGAGGGCCCCCAAGUACAGAGAUACUCAUACCACAUACAAUGCAAGCCCCAGUCACAGUGCACACACAGGAAUUAGGAAAAUUGCAAACAACAAAUCACACAUUAGUCACACAGACCACACACAUGCCACAGACACUACAUGCACUGGAAAAUGUGGCGCCACAGACGAUAAUCGAGAAUCAAGUCAGGCCAAACAACGGACCGCAGGAUUCAGCAAGCAACAAUGAUGAAACUGGGACAUAAAUUGGAAAUAUUAAAUGAUAGAUCCUAUUACAACACAUAAACUCACAUCUCACAGUACCAUACAUGCCAUUACUACACACACAUACAAGUGUAUUUGCAAAACCAAAUUCCCUACGUAACUAUAUAGACAUCCUUCAGUAUGGAGUCUCCCCACAGAAUGAACAACUACACCCUCAGACUCUACUUACCCUCUUUCCUAACAUUUAACAGUCUAAUCAAUGUAAACUGAAUGAACCAGUAGUGGCUGACACUGUUACACUGUGUUAUAAUCAUAUACUGUCAGAUGAAUGAUGAUAGAGUAUGUUGCCUUCCUCAGUGUCCAUUGUAACUGUAUAUUGUAUGUGCAAUAUACUGUGUCAUAUAUAGUAUAAUAUUAAAGGCCCAAUCUGGUGAAAGUACUGCAGUUAACUCUCCGUCUCCUUCUCAACCUGAACGAGUGCACUAUUGAAAAAGGCAACAAAUACAAGUUAGAUGUACUGUACCUGGGCUGUUUGGAGCCUUAAUGUUGCUAGGCUAGCACAUUUUACUCAUAGCAAAAAUGAAGCCUCAGUAAUUUGGCUGCUAGUCCUGGGCUAGGUGGACCAGCCUGUUUACCAGAGCAUUUAUUCAAAGGAUGUGUAAAUCACCAAAGAGCUGGUUAAUGCUGAUCCUCUUUUAGACUGUAAAAUCAGACUAUUAUUUACUUUAUUGUAGAGGUAACAAUACCUUUUUAAAAUGUGAUUAAUUUGCCAAUCUUAUAUCAUUAAAAGUGUCUAUUUUUAGGACUUUUCAUGGUUACGUAUGCACUGAAGUUGAAUGGAAAUUAUUACACAACAUAAAGUACAGUGGCAUUAGAGAUUAUUUUCCACCAGCAAAUCUUUUUUGUCUUUUUCUUUUCUCUCUGCAUUAACGUACUCAGCAUUUAAAAAAAAAAAAAAAGAAAAGAAAAAUCCAGAUUGGGUCUUUAAUGUGUUCCCCUCGCUCUGACUGAAUGUUCUUCUGUGCCUAAAAAACUAACAACAUACUGUACCAUAUGUCAUUGGAGUAUGGGUUUGCAUUUGUUUUUGUUUCUGUUAUUUUAAUAUUUUAAUUUUCCUCUUGUUAAAUGGUAUGCAGUAGAGAGAGAAGAUGAGAAUAAUCAUGCAAACACAAUUUAUUUGCAUCUGAAAACAUGCUUACUUCUGUCUGUUUUUGUCUCCUCCUUCUUUGAGAAUCCUCGGGGAACAUGUAGCACUUACACAGUAACGCCGAGCAGGUCCGGCUAUACAGACACCUGGUAAAACACUGUGACUACAGAGAGAGACGACACACAGACCUGCAGAGAACACCAAAUCUUCCGUUUCCCCACUUUUUUUCUGCAACACUGUCUUUUUAUUGCUCAUCAGUAUAGGACAAGUUUGAGAAGGAGGACAAAUGUAGCAAUUUGAGUCUAUUGAGGCAUGAGUAACAAACAUCCAAAAUCCAAAAGAAUGCAAGCGGGAGCUGCAAGUUUGCCAUCAUAGUCACCUGUUACACCCUGAGCUGUCAAUCAAAACCAAAGUUACACCCAAAUAAAGAGUGGGUGGGACCACAAAGACGCAGAAUUGAAGCAUGUCACAGAUCACAGGUUCACUUUUUUUCCAUCAUAUGCAUUCAUACUGUCCCCAUAGAAUUUGUUUUGCCAAGAUCAAACAAGCUGUGGGUAGAAACUGUAAAGCAAUAUUAGGCAGUAUGAGACGUGUUGGUUUCUGAAUGUAACUGUAAAAAAAAGAAGUGACUUGAAAUAUCCAAAUGAUGGUUUGAAGAGCAAGAGACUGAGCUUUUAUUUCUAACACAGUUUGUUGCUGAAGGAAAGUUGGAGUAUCACUGACCUAGCUCUAGUGUCCAACCUCGGGAACGCCCAUCAGACCUUGAUGAAGUCUGCAUGGGUUUUCAUGGGUGUCAUCAACACAUGGUUGAAAGCCCAUUUCAAUCCCUUCCUUUAUUUCAAGGCUCUUAGGUUGGACAUUAGAACUGGACCAGUGACUGCUUGUCUGACUGACUGACAUUGAAUGAAUGGGUGAAGUGGCUGCCUCUGAUGCUGGCACUGAUCUUUUGAAAUCCUUAAUGAUUAAGGAGUUAAACUAACAAUGUUGUCAUUGGGAGAUUAAUGAUUAUUAAAUAUAUUUAUUAAAAUACUUGGAUUAUUAGCAGCACGCUUAUAAUUAAUAAUCUAUUAUUUGUGUUUAAGUGAAGGACUUUGGCUGAUUUUAUGUAUAUUUUGAAAGCCCACAUUGACAGUUUGAAUUAUUUUUUAUUGAACAGUUGCUAUGGUUACAUGAUAAGCAUUUCUGUGGCACUUAGUAGAAGCAUUUCCAUUUAAAACAAUGGGUACUGUUAGCUGUCAUCAAGCUUAUACUGAUUAUGCCCAUUACUUCAUGACAGUUGCACAUUUUGAAGAGAAAAAGAUAAUCAAACAAUAAUUCACAGUAUUUAAUAAUGAUACCAAGUGCUAAGACUGAAGCGACAAGGAGCUGGUGUGUGUGUGUGCGUGUGUGUGUGUGUGCUUGUUUUUCUGUGUGUCAUUGAAUCAUCUGAAUGUAAGUUAUUACAAACAGUUAUCCUGCUGUAGGGCCAUAUAUUUGUGUACAGUAUGUUGAUCAGUUUGUGUUAAUCUCAGAAUGGGAAUUAUUACAUUGUAAAUGUAUGAAACACAUAUUCAUGCCAAUUUCAUUUUUUAAUAAACUGUAACAGUAGAAAAGAGACAGCUGCUUAUAUUGAGUAAAGAGGGAAUGAAACUUUUCUGUUCAGGGACUGAAUGUGUUCUGGUGUACAGAACAGAUUGUACUGUCAAUAAAACAAAUACAGAAUAAAGA